ACGUCGCGCAGCUGACUCCGCGUACGCUCCUCGGCCGCGCGUAGUACGUUCGCGGUGUCGGCGUCAGCAGGAGGCACAGAGUGUAUUCCCCCAGCCAGUCGGGUGCAUAAAAACCUCUCGUAGUACUAUUAGAACCGCGGCGGCACGACGAGGAAAUGAUAAACUAGCGUACACACAACUGAGGCCCCUAGUCUUAUCUCUUAUCGCACUCUUAUAUCCUGCAAACCAUCGAGGGUCGGGGAUUUUGUAUCGCGGAAGUGUUCGAGCCGAUUGUGAAUGUGAAGAUCCUCCAUGGGAUUAUAAAAGUUGGGAUUUUCUACGACAAAGGAGAGGUUGUGCACAAUCGUGGCUUCCCGUUCGCCACCCACGGACCGACCAUCAACCAAAAUUAUGCUGAAAUUUUUGACCAACAAGCUGCGCACUCAGUCGAUCAACGAGAACAAUUGCAAGGAUAAUGAAGAUCACGACAGCGGCACGGAAUCGGACGACGAGAUAGAAACCAGCGUCGAAAUGCCACCGGGCUCGGGAUCCACAACUUCUGUCAUGAUGGAUCAAAGAGUAUGCAGCAUAUCACCGGCGGAUACGGGUUGUUCAAUGGAGAGCCCCGCCCCCGACCAGCAGGACGCCCAUAGUUCCGAGGAGGAAUUAGAGGUGAUUAACAACUCGACGGUGGAGCGUGUGUCACGCCUACGCUCCGCCUCCAGCCUGCCGGAAAAACGGAAAUGGUCACAACGUGGUGACUCAUACUCAAGGCGGUGCUCACCGGAAAACGAAGAGAAUAUGUCGCAUUAUGGUAACUUGUCGCCAUGUUCACGAUUUGCCGGAAUGGGAGGCGGGGCGCAUUCUGAUGAUGCUGUACAUCCUGAACACUCAUCUGAUGAAGAGGUGCAUGCGCUCACGUACAUGGCUGCGCCAUUACAAUUUCGUACAUCGCCGCCUCUGGAGGCGGUCAAGCCUGGUCGCCGAUUGGCUGCGAGCAAGAUACGCAGUCUUAGCCCGCCCUCAAAGCUGAUGCACUAUGAGGAGUCACCGCGCAAGCGCACUAGACAUGCUAAACACGCCCUGCAGCGGCCAUAUUUGGAUUUUGAAAAAAUGCAACAGUUGAAAGCAAGGAAUGUGACGACAUCGUGGCGACACAGAGGUGACCAGGGCGGCGAAUUGGCCCUGUUUUGUUGGUGAGAUGGACUUGGAGGGUGUUCCAAAACACCCUGCGAGUGUCGGACGCCAUCGACGUCCCGCGAUCAACGCACAGACGACAUCGAGGACCUAGAUGACGUCGAUUUUUCGGCACGUCCUUCGUGCUCCUCUUCAGCGCUUGUCCUUGAGGACACGUAACAACACGUCGCCAUCUUGUGCGCGUUUCGUGCGCUCUGUGUACAUAGUAAACAGUUUAACAUUUAAGAAUUACAAAGGCAUGAAACAAAAAGACUUACAUUUGCAAUUUUAUAAAUAUAGCACACUAUCUUAUCUACUUAUACAUUGGUUUUUAGAGCGUGUCGAACACGCCGAGCGUAAAAACGAAACACGAUGCUUUGUAGCGAUUAGUUAGGUAGGGAUUUUAUUAAUUAACAAAUUCGUUCUUCGUUCUAAUCGAGUGGCAGGUGGUAAUUAUGUAAUGAUUACGGACGGGUCAUUUUUUUAAAUGUGAAUCUCUUAGAGAUACGGGUUUCGCCUGGAUUGCAAUAUUGGAAGAUGCUAAACCACAAAAUUGUUGAUUGUAUCUUGGAAGUGGUGACUUAAAUUUGCCAUAUUUUGUCGAAUAUUUCGUUUUUGGCAAACAUAUACACACAUCACGCUGUUUGACGAACGAAAAUACUGCUUGUAACUGUACAGUGGCGUUUCUUGCAAUGGCUGACCUCUCAAUAGAAGCUCAUUGCUGUCCUUAAAUACGAAUAAGAAACAGCCAUAAAUUUUGCCAUAAUAGACAACGUGUAUUUUUCUUACGGAAAGCAUGAAUGAACGGGGAGGAGAGCAGAAGACAACACAAAUAAACAGACUGCCACACCGGAGGACGUCUCAGAUGAUUUAUUAUGUUUUAUCAAAACGUACUUAAUGCGAUUACUCUUAUGUAAAACAAGGGGCACUGUUCGCUUUCCACACGCGUUCGACUCGUAGACAAACAAACUCAUAAAAGAUAUACACACGGCUAAAACUGAAAACACUCAUAACGAAAUAAAUUAAAUACAAGAUGCAAAACAAAAACAAAAAGAUAUAUUUUGGUACAUAUUUUUCUAUAUACAAAUAUACUACUUAUAUAAAUACAAGCGAAACAUAGUGCGCGGACCGAGCAAGACAGAAAUAUUGAUCAAUUAGAAGAGUCGACUGGGAAAAAUAAUCUGUACAUGCAAAGCGGAAUCUGAUCGUGUUUAUGGAUAGAUUUGUGGCCGGCGUGGAGUAGUUUUUAUUGUCUGUAACUCACUUGCUCGAAAACAGCACGUUUCUAUUGGAUUGGCACUGUUAUUGUUUGAUAAUGUCUGUAUAAUCGUAAUUCCAUUGUACACGAUGUAAAUGAAAAGAAAAAUUAAUGGAAUGCCACGGAAAGCAGCAGGACGAUUGUGAUGUUGGGUUUCAAAGUGCUGGUGGGAGAGCAAGAGGAACUCUUUUGUACAUACACAAAGUGUAAAAUUUUCAAAUUGUAAUUCUAAUUGUAAAACUCAACAAAUAAUCGUAGAUGAAACAAAAAAAACUUAAAGAAACACACACACAGAUUGUGUUUUGUUGAUGGCAGUUCUGUUAGUUUUGUUGAGUUGUUAUGCUUUUAAAUGUAGGUCGAUUAAUUGCCACUGAUUUUAAUUAAUUUUACAGGAUGGAUACAAUGACACUGGAUCUCGUAUAUUUAAUGUUUAUUUUUUUGUUCUUAUUAGUUGUUAUGGUAAUCAUGCUGGCACUAACUGGGACGAGAUUGAUUUGCCUCUUGAUUUAUGUGUGAUAAGUUUUGAACAGUGGCGUAAUGUGCAAAAAUAGUAUUGAUUUAUUGAUGAUAAUGUAAAUGAUAACUGAUAAUUUUGACUCUUUUUGUGAUAUACUUAUUAUCAAAUAUUUUAAAUUACCAAGUGUGUAAAAUGCGGAAUGCGUGGCUCUGAUAUUGGUAGCAAGAAGCGGUUUGUGGAACGUGAUUAUUCACAAGUUUUUAUUUUUUAUUAAACAAGCACAUUAACAAUUACUACAAACCUUAUAGUGUAAUUAUAAUAUUAUUCACUAAUUAAUUUGCGAACACACACAACUUGUACAUUAUUACGGAUAAGCUAACGUUGUCGAUUCAAGGGAAUGCUGAAUAUCUGUAAAAUUAUUUUAGUUUCCAUAAGAUUUGUAGUACAUGUAUGAAGAAAACUGACUAACAAUUAAUUAUUACAAAGAAAAAAUGAUACAAGAUGCAAACAAAAAAAUCCAAUAAAAUAUUUUUUAUCAUUUUAAAAGCAAA